AGGGAAAGGAGAGGUCACCACAGAGAGAGAAGGCAAGGAAGGCCGGAGGAGCCUCGCAUCGCAGCUGCAGCAGAGAUCUCCCUCUCUUGCGCGCGCGCCUUCUCCCACCUCCCUCUCCUACGCGUCCAAGCGGGCUCGAGCUAGACGAAGGCGCGCGGAGCCGAGGUGUAAUGCGUGGUUAUGGGGCUGCAAGGGGAUAAGGCGACGCACGACUUCCUCUCGCUCUACAGCGCCGCCAAGGACUCGGCCCUGCCGCUGCUGCCGCCGGAAUCCAAGCCGCCGCCUCCCUCUCAUCAAGGUUUCUUCCUCAAGACGCACGACUUCCUGCAGCCGCUGGAGAGGCCGUCGUCGCAGUCGCCGCCGCCGCUGCCGUCGCGACCCGCCGCGGAGAAGCAGCUCCGCCAGCACGCGCUGCCCGGCGGCAUCGGCACGUUCAGCAUCAGCCGCGCCGCCGCCGCCGCCGCGGACCAGCCCGGCGCGGCCGUCAAGCAGGAGCAGCCGCCCUUCGCGGUCUGGGGCCAGCCGGACCCUCGAGGUCACCCGUGGUCGCUCCCCUUCGCCGCGCGCUGCGUCGCCGUCGCCUCCGCCAGGCCGCAGCCACAGCAGCAGCCGCAGAGGCAACCGGAGCGGAAGGCGGGUGGUGGCUUCAUGGACGCCGGCUCCAGAUCCAGCGGUGGGGCGGGCUUCGACGACGACGACGGCCUCGCCGCUCGCCGCGAGGUCUCCUCCUCGCUCAAAGAACUCUCUGUCAGGGUGGAGACCAAGGGUGGAAGCUGCAGUGGCAGCGCUGGGACGGACCAGCUGCCCAACACGCCACGCUCCAAGCACUCCGCCACGGAGCAGCGCAGGCGCAGCAAGAUCAAUGACAGAUUUCAGAUACUUAGAGAAAUUUUGCCGCAAAAUGAUCAAAAGCGAGACAAAGCAUCAUUUCUCUUAGAGGUUAUUGAAUACAUACGGUUUUUGCAAGAAAAAGUACAAAAGUACGAGGUUUCACAUCCAGAGUGGAACCAAGAAAAUGCAAAGAUCAUGCCAUGGUCUAACAUCUACUUUCGAUCUUCCUGGAAAAAUUCACAGAACAAGGACGAGAUUAAUGGAGAUAUGGUCUCCUCCGAUCCAACACAAGUUACAAAAAAUGGCUCCUCCCCACGUUUCCCUUUUGCUGCAAAGACUGAGGACCAUAACAAUGCAGGUGCAUUUGAAACUGCCCCGGGCGCACAGGAACUGGCAGAACUAAAGGGUUGUGUGCCUUUCAAGCAGGCUGAAACUCCCAAUAAUGUUACAAACACUGUUGCAUCCCAGCAACAAGCGCAAUUGACAAAUUCAUCACCAUCAGACGACAGUGCAGUACCCAACGGAAUGUUAAACAACCCAGAAUUGGCAAUAGAUGAAGGGACCAUCAGCUUGUCGAGCCAAUAUUCCCAAGGGUUGCUUACUACGUUGAAUCUUGCCCUGCAAAACUCGGGUGUAGAUUUGUCCCAAGCUAGCAUCUCGGUGCAGAUCAAUCUUGGUAAGCGGGCUACCAAGAGAUCUGCUCCCGUGUCAAACUCAACCUCGAAGGAUCUCAUCAACCAAGCGUCUCGUGAUCAAGAGAUCGGGCACCAGCUAAGGUCAGGGGAUGGCGCUAGAGAACAUACGCAGGCAACCAAGCGGCAUAAAUCAGACAGAUAACAGCCGCUGGGGAUGCUCAUUUGCAGAAGCCCGGAUAAUUGGAUCCAUUUUUUGCGCUCCCCCCUAACACACAAGGGGAGCCUCCAUGCAGCCUGUACACUGCGCUUCCCGUACCGUCUAGACACAGGACUAUGCUGCUGCCUGCUGCAUUCUUUCAUUCGAUCGCGUCGCUGCUCUAGCCUUGGGCUGCUUGCUUCCCGAAAGCUUCCAUCGCAGAUUGUGAAGCUGCUUUUGUUCAUAGUAGGCUUCCAUUCAUAUGAGAAGUUCAUUCGGUUCGUCCCCAUUCUGACGGACCCACCCUCUUGUAACAUAAUUUGAUGCUCAGUUCCGUCAUCGCUGUGCAGCUGCUUCAAAGUGAAACAUCAAUGUGUUGUACCCUUGUGCGCA